GGGGGUAAAUUAUAAGAGACGGACAUGUCUAAAGAAAAACACAAAUGAAAUGUCAGCCAACCGUUUGCUUAAAUUGAUUUAAUUCUGAUUUAUUUAUGAAAUGUUUAGACGUUUAGUCUCGGGAGAGUUAUGUAUUCUACGGUGGAGACAUUCUCAGUCGUCGAAAUGUCUGAGAUUACUGUCGUGCAACUCCGUUAUCGGUCCCGACCGUGGACAGGACCUGUCGAGAGAGGAGAGAACUGUUCCGACCGAACUGGUACGGUUGGUUCAUACGAAUACACGUAUAGGACCAGCAGACGAUACGUUUGUUUCUUCCCGAGCCGGUAAACAGAAACGGGUGUGUAAAGUCAUAUUGGACCGUUUUGACCAACAGUACGGUCAGGAACUUGGCCCCCUAUGGCCGUCUGCAAGGGCUGUGUUGUUGAACCCUGUGUGCUGGCAGUAUGGAGUGAUGCUCAACCGUUUUGCUGCGGUGUCAGAGGUCAAACAACGCCUCCAAGGGCAAGGCUUCGUCAGCCUACUGCCCCAUACGGACCUGCCUCUUAACUCCUCUCUCUCCCAGCCUCACCCUACCUCUCCCACCCAGCCUAGCUCCAUCCCUCACCCUACCUCUCCCACCCAGCCUAGCUCCAUCCCUCACCCCGGUCCUCCUCCUCCCUCCCUGCAGUGUUUCAUCCACCCCUCCCCAGUGCGUUACCCCUCUCCUCCUCACCGCCAGGGCCAGUUGAAACCCUACUACCUGAUGAACGCUGCCUCCCUGCUGCCUGUCUUAGCCCUGGGGGUAGAGGAGGGGGACAGGGUCCUGGAUCUCUGCUCGGCUCCUGGAGGGAAGGCCUUGGCUAUACUACAGACUGCUGACCCAGCUCGGUUGUGUUGUAAUGAAAUGGACCCACACCGACGUGAUUGGCUGGCCAAAACCCUGGAAUCCUUCAUCCCCCAAUGGCUGAGCAGCACUGUCACCGUGUCCAAUCAGGAUGGACGGAUCUUUGGGCAGAGUGAAGCCGGAAUGUAUGACAAGGUUCUGCUGGAUGCUCCAUGUUCUAAUGAUCGUAGCUGGCUGUUCUCUGGACCAGGAGGGGAGCAGCAUGGAGCUGUGAGGCUGAGGGAGAGGGCCAGGCUGCCAACACUACAGACACAACUGCUCAGGUCUGCGCUGGCUGCGUUGCGUCCGGGGGGCGUGGCCGUCUACUCCACCUGCACGAUGUCCCGUUCUGAGAACCAGGAAGUGGUGGAGGCGGUCCUAAACACCUGUCCAGGGGUGGAGCUUCAAGACCUGGAGGAGGAGCUAGCCCUUCCACUCCAGGAACACUUCACCUUCACCCCGUUAGGCCACACCCCCUCGUUAGGCCUCCUUGUGGUUCCACAGCAGGGUCAGACCUGGGGGCCCAUGUUCCUGUCGCGCAUCAAGAGGAUUCGCUGAUUGGUUGAUUGACUCGCUGACUUCCUGUCACGUAUAUCAAGAGGAUUCACUGAUUGGUUGAUUGACUCGCUGACUUCCUGUCACGUAUAUCAAGAGGACUCGCUGAUUGGUUGAUUGACUCGCUGACUUCCUGUCACGUAUAUCAAGAGGAUUCACUGAUUGGUUGAUUGACUCGCUGACUUCCUGUCACGUAUAUCAAGAGGACUCGCUGAUUGGUUGAUUGACUCGCUGACUUCCUGUCACGUAUAUCAAGAGGAUUCACUGAUUGGUUGUUUGACUCGCUGACUUCCUGUCACGUAUAUCAAGAGGAUUCACUGAUUGGUUGAUUGACUCGCUGACUUCCUGUCACGUAUAUCAAGAGGAUUCACUGAUUGGUUGAUUGACUCGCUGACUGAGCAUGUCAGACGCUGAGGCUGGUCUUCGAUGGAUUCCACAAUGCAACAUGUUUCCAUGUGACGGCUACUGCUAACGAGCUACCUCUCUAUGGCUGUGUUCCAAAUGCCACUCUAUAUAUAGCACACACAAGUAGUGCACUAUAUAGGGAAUAGGGUGCUAUUUAGGAAGCACACUUUGUUUCACACGCUCUUUGCCCAUGUUUCUAUCUGGCAUCAAGAAGACCCACUGAACUCUUCAAUAAAGGUUAAAUAAAGAAUAAAUCCCAAUGACCUCUGACCCACAACAGUUUUUGAUACAAAGAAGCAGUGGUCGGCUGCUGAUUGGCUGAAUACCCGAGGUGCAUUAUGGUUUGAAUUGUCAACAAAGCAGCAUGACAGAAAUAUGAGGCCAAGUUUUCAAACUACCUGUAGUUUCUUUGAGAAUAUAUAUAUAUACACACAUAUAUACACAAUACUUAUUUUCCACCAUAAUUUGCAAAUAAAUUCAUUAAAAAUCCUACA